AGAAGUCGGCCCAAACUUCCCACUCACCUUUAGCAUAGAUUUGUCUCUUGCAGCGUUGAGAAGCAGGCGAGCCGGGUCCAAGAUGCACAGGGCUUUCAACAAAACAAACCUGAGACAGCUGACUGGUCUCCUCCAGAGGUUUCAAAGUACCUUGGUUGUAGCAGAGCACAACAAUGAGAAGCUGACACCCAUCACACUCAGUGCCAUCACUGCCGCCAAUAAGCUGGGAGGAGAGGUGGCCUGUUUGGUUGCUGGAACGGACUGCUCCAAGGUUGCUGAGGAAAUCAGUAAAGUCCACGGUGUCAAGAAAGUUCUGGUGGCCCAGCAUGCCUCGUACAAAGGUGCUCUGCCAGAGGAGCUGACUCCCCUUGUCUUGGCAACCCAACAGCAAUUCAACUUCACCCACAUCUGCGCAGGUGCCUCUGCCUUUGGAAAGAACCUGCUCCCCAGAGUGGCUGCCAAGUUGGAUGUGGCCCCAAUUUCGGAUAUUAUUGAGAUCAAGUCUCCAGACACUUUUGUCAGAACCAUCUAUGCUGGGAAUGCUCUCAGCACUGUGAAAUGUAAUGAGAAUAUCAAGAUCUUCACUGUCAGAGGGACGUCUUUUGAGCCAGCUCCAGUGGAGGGAGGAAGUGCCACAUCAGAAGACGUGGCUGCAUCCACGCCCCUUGGGCUGUCUGAGUGGCUGGAACAGAGCCUUACCAAGAGUGACCGUCCUGAGCUGACCAGUGCCAAAGUCGUGGUGUCUGGAGGAAGGGGCUUGAAGAGUGGAGAUAACUUCAAGCUGCUCUAUGACCUUGCUGACAAAAUGAAUGCCGCAGUCGGUGCAUCCAGAGCUGCAGUGGACGCCGGAUAUGUUCCUAACGAUAUGCAGGUUGGACAGACAGGCAAGAUUGUAGCACCAGAGUUGUACAUUGCUGUUGGUAUCUCUGGAGCUAUUCAACAUUUGGCUGGAAUGAAAGACAGCAAGACUAUUGUUGCUAUCAACAAGGACCCAGAGGCUCCCAUUUUCCAGGUGGCAGACUAUGGCUUGGUAGCUGAUCUUUUCAAGGCUGUUCCUGAGAUGACUGAAGCACUGAACAAGUGAGCAGGAACAAAAUCCCACCACAAGCUCCUAUCCCACAACUUGCUGGGAAGUCAGACAGCAACCACAGGGACAUGUCCACCAGCGUCUGCCUUAACAAAACUUCUGGGGCUUUGUGUAUCUGAUGCAUAAAUUAUUUCAUCAUCCUCUCUCUGGCUGGCAACAGAAGAACAUUCUCAGUCUACAAAUAAGUGUCAGUUUUAUACUUAAGUAUUAAAUGUCCAUGAAUAAGGUUUUACUUACCUUUGGUGGAGGGUUAUUUUACAUCUCCAAUAGUGUGUAUUUUGUCAUUUUAUUUAACUUUCUGGCGCAAUAAAAGCCCUCUUAGGGAAUUCUGGACUUGUCUGUAGACCUCUGACUCCAUGAUGUAGUUGACUGUAUGAUGUAGUAGCAAAGACUGUCUACUUUAUCAGAAAUGCUCUAUAAAAUGUAAUGGCAUGCAUUAAAUUGUUUACUAAAGACA